GAAGAUAAACACAACUUCUCCUGCUUCUAUAUAUACGAUCGCUCCGACGCCUUUGAACGUCCGUCACUUUAACUUCCACUUCCACUCUAUUGUUCAUCAACAACAGCCAAAGCCAUGUCUCACACUCUCGGCCUCACCAAACCCAACUCCACCGAUCAUCCCAAGAUCUCGUUCGCCGCGAAGGAGAUCGACGUGACGGAGUGGAAAGGGGACUUGCUCGUCGUCGGCGCGACGGAGCAAGACCUGACGAAGGACGCUAGCUCCAAGUUCGAAAACCUGAUCUUGAACAAGCUCGACGCACACACGAGCGGACUCUUGGGUUUAGUCUCUUCCGAGGAAGAUUUCACCGGUAAACCCGGUCAGUCAACGGUUCUCAGACUCCCCGGUUUAGCAUCCAAACGGAUCGGUUUGAUCGGUUUAGGAAAAUCAUCUCCCGCGGCUUUUCAGAGCCUUGGCGAAGGUGUAGCCACAGUGUCGAAGGCUUCACAGUCUAGUACUGUUGCUGUUGUUCUUGCCUCACCUGAGAGUGAAUCCAGCUAUGCUUCGGCUAUAGCUUCAGGCGUAGUGCUGGGGCUGUUCGAAGACGGGAGGUAUAAGUCUGAGUCAAAGAAACCAUCUUUGAAGUCUGUGGAUAUCAUUGGGUUUGGAGCUGGAUCUGAAUUGGAGAAGAAGCUUAAGUAUGCUCAAGAUGUUUCUUACGGUGUGAUUUUCGGGAGGGAGCUCAUUAACUCUCCUGCCAAUGUCCUCACUCCUGCUGUGCUAGCUGAGGAAGCAGCGAAAGUGGCUUCUACGUACAGUGAUGUGUUUACGGCGAACAUCUUGAACGAGGAGCAGUGCAGAGAGUUGAAGAUGGGAUCUUAUCUAGCCGUUGCUGCUGCGUCGGCUAAUCCUCCUUUCUUCAUUCACCUUGUGUAUAAACCUUCGAGUGGAGGUGUUAAGAGCAAGCUUGCUCUUGUUGGAAAAGGAUUGACCUUUGACAGUGGUGGCUACAACAUUAAGACCGGACCUGGCUGCUCCAUUGAGCUCAUGAAAUUCGACAUGGGUGGUUCAGCUGCUGUCCUUGGCGCUGCAAAAGCCAUUGGUGAGAUUAAGCCUCCUGGUGUUGAGGUUCAUUUCAUCGUUGCAGCCUGUGAGAAUAUGAUUAGUGGAACUGGAAUGAGACCUGGAGAUGUCAUCACAGCCUCAAACGGAAAGACCAUUGAGGUGAACAACACAGAUGCUGAAGGACGUUUAACACUUGCUGAUGCUCUAGUGUAUGCUUGUAACCAAGGCGUUGACAAGAUUGUUGACCUCGCUACGUUGACCGGAGCCUGCGUUAUUGCUCUUGGAACAUCAGUGGCAGGGAUCUACACACCUAACGACGAGCUUGCAAAAGAAGUGAUUGCUGCGUCAGAGAAGAGUGGAGAGAAGCUGUGGAGGAUGCCAUUAGAAGAGAGCUACUGGGAGAUGAUGAAGUCUGGAUGUGCUGAUAUGGUCAACACAGGUGGGCGUGCAGGAGGUUCCAUCACCGCAGCUCUCUUCUUGAAGCAGUUUGUGAGCGAGAAGGUGCAAUGGAUGCAUAUAGACAUGGCUGGACCGGUGUGGAACGAGAAAAAGAAGUCUGGAACUGGGUUUGGUGUUGCGACGCUUGUCGAAUGGGUGCAGACGAAUUCUUCUUCGUAGAGGAUGAGAUAAAGUGUUUCGGGUGUCGAAGUGGUUGUUGGUUUUAAUAAGGUUGUCAAAAGUUGUUGUGUUUUGGAUUGUCUUUUACUUGUUCCGAACAGUAACAUUAUCAGAUGCUGAAUAAAAGAAGUCUUUUGAUU